CACACCUCUCAACUCGACGCAUAAAACUCGCAUCACCAGAUACGUCGAUCUGAACUUAGCUUGUAGCUGCAGCAGCAUAUUUUCUGCACAAUCUCAUCCUUAUCUACCGCCUUAGACUCAUAAUGGCGUCCACUCGUCGCUUCGUUGCACUCAACGCCCAAGCUAGAUCAUGGCGAAUGCCCCCCGGAUUGUCGUACCGGAAGCUUCAGCAAAAGUUCCGAAACGGCGCUGAGCCAGCUCCUCUUAUUGAUCUCAGGGAGAUUGCCGACGAGAUAGGUGUGGGUACUGUUCGUGCCAAAAUAUUGACGAACUGCUUCACUGCACUUGGUGCCAAUGCAUCGCCAAUCGAUGUUAAUGAGGAUUCAAUCAAUGGCUCUCACGGCUUGGUGGACUGCCAAACUAGACCACAAGACUCUUACGACUAUUCAGUCCUUAUGCAGGAAACAGAGGAGCAACUUGGUUCUUACAGACCAGACCUCAUCGUCGCCCCUGUCGAUAUCGCUCGAGGUGCAAUUUCACACUUCAAGUCAGAAAGCAGUGCUUAUUCAACGGCUGUGUCAGCAGUUGAACCCGACACGGCUGCUUGUCUUUUCAAGAGUCUUGCGAUUGGUGAAUCAACUACGAUUACAACAACACACACCAUUAUGACUGAACUCAGAAAGCGGUGCCUGUCGACUGGAUCCUGGGACAUAUUGAAGCAGGGCAUCGAUGCGAGUCUUACUGUAUCGGACUUUGAAGCCCACCAAGCCGUGCUCUAUCUCCAGUCACACGGAAUUCAGGCAGGACCAGCUGGUGCUGCAUCACUGGCAGCGCUUAAACGGCUUACAAUCUCCGAUAAAAAGGCUCUUGGCUUGACCAGGAAUUCGACUGUCGUGAUCUUUUGCCCUAUGACUAGCGACGCAACUUACGAUACCCCACAUGAUGUCUCUGCUGACGAUCCCAUCCUCAUCACUCAAACAUUAGUCAGAAUCAAUUCUGCAAGCCCUAUUCUUGGAUCUGUGGCUGGCCCUGGAGAGACCGUGGUCGCUCAAUACAUCGCAUCAUGGUUGGAACAUCGCGAUAUAGCAACCCAUUGGAUCGAAUCUGUCAAGGGCCGUCCAUCGGUUGUUGGCGUUAUACGUGGCUCCGGAAGAGAUGGUGCAAAGUCCCUGAUGCUGAACGGACACAUCGAUACCGUUACGCUGAUGGGUUAUGAGGACGACCCUCUGAGCGGCAAAAUCAUCAACGGAAAACUCCAUGGUCGUGGAUCAGCGGAUAUGAAGAGCGGUGUUGCAGCAGCCAUGGUAGCUCUAGCUAAUGUCAAGCGCCUAGAGCUGAACGGCGUUAAGCUUGGUGGUGAUGUUAUCUUCACCGCAGUUGCCGAUGAAGAGAGUGGGAGUAUAGGUACUGAGGAUAUCUUACGAGCUGGUUGGCGGGCAGACGCCGCGAUCGUCUCCGAGCCUACAGGCCUUCAGAUUUUCCACGCACACAAGGGCUUCUGUGACAUAGAAGUGGUGGUUCACGGCGUCGCAGCCCACGGCUCGCGGCCUGAUUUGGGUGUUGAUGCCAUAAUCAAUGCAGGGUAUUUUCUUUCUGAGCUUGGAAAGCUCGUUAAGCAAAUUCAUCAAGGUACCGCUGGCGCUGGUCGUGACAUGACAUUAGGCACAGCGAAUGUGCAUGCUUCGACCAUCUCUGGUGGCGAAGAAAUAUCUUCCUAUCCCGCGCAGUGCAAGGUCCUUAUGGAGUGGCGCACUAUACCGGGUGAGUCUAAGGAGAUUGUCGAGAGCAAGAUGCGCCAGUUGAUAGCCGAUGUUGCAAAAGCCGUGCCAGGUUUCAAGGCCGACUUCAGAAUUAUCAUGAGUCGACCGCCUAUGGCCACUGCCUUCGAUCACCCUUUCGUCGAGCUUGUUACGGAUGUUGUUGGUGAUGUUCUUGGGUCGAAGGCUACUCUGGCUGGUGCGCCUUAUUGGACUGACUGCGCUCUGCUGGCUGAAGCUGGCAUCGUCCCACUGGUAUGGGGUCCGAAAGGAGAGGGAUUGCAUUCCAAGAAAGAAUGGGUAGAUAUUGACUCGAUUGGUAAAGUGGUGGAAGGCUUAACGAAUGUUAUCAAUAGGUUUUGCCGAUAGACGAUCAAAGACCUGUCUGUACUAUAUGAAACAUUUGAAGUUUCCAGAUCAAGCCCUCUGGAUGAGUCGUGUAAUAUGUUAUCCAUGUAGCUGCCACUAGGGAGCCUCGGAUGAUUGAUUAAUGAGGAUCGAUAACUAGGCAUAGAUCUU